CCUCUCUCUCCUCCAUUUCUUACUCUCCUCCUCCGAUAAGCUGACGUCGACGAUGGAGGAGCACCGCUACCGCCGUGACCGCCGUAACCUCCUACAGUUUCUCUUGUCUUCUUCUUCCUCCUCCUCCGCCUCCUCGCUCUCUCACAUCGAUUUCGAUACUCUCAGCGCCGAUUAUGUCAUCGAUUGCGUCAAAUCCGGCAAAGUGGUGGAUAUAUCUGAAGCUACUAAGCAGUUCUUCCAUGAAUCUUCGUUUCCUCCCAUGACUCAUUCGAAAUUAGGGGAUUCGUUUUUGCUACACACUGAUCCAGAAGCAUCAGGAUCACCUCCGCGCCGUCCACCGCCUACCACUACGAAUGCAUCAAGUUCGUCUAGAAAGCUGGGAUCAUUCAAGAUUCAGAACAUUGAGAAUGGUGAUGACGAGAGUUUUAAAUAUAGAGCCUCACCAAGCUCACGUCCAAAGCCUGUUGAGAACUUUAAGAUUGCUUCCUUGGGAUUGCCGAGUCUGAAAACAGGGUUAUCUGAUGAUGACUUGCGGGAAUCAGCCUACGAGGUAUUGCUUGCAUCUAUGGCAACAUCUGGGAUUGUAAUCUGUUCUGUUGAAGAUCAAAGGAAACAUAGGACUUCCAAGUUGCUUUCAAGUUUAAAGAGUAGAAAGGAUAAACCAAAUGUGCAGUCACUGCCUCUUGAUAAAAACUUACGGCUGCUCCGCACUAUCCGUGAGCAGAUGCAGAUUUCUGAAGCAAUGGAUGAGUGCACCCGACAGAAGAUGAUGAUGUUAUCGCCUGGCAAAACGCGGGUGCAAAUUGAUACUCCUCAAAUUGUGUUGGGGCUUUUGAAUUUCACUUUUAAGUCUGAUUUUUUGAGUGAAAAGUCUUAUACGCAAUGGAAGAAUAGACAGGCAAGCAUCUUAGAAGAACUUCUCUGCCUUUCUCCCAACCUUGUGACACAAGAUCAUAUAACUCUCAAACGUUCUCUUGCUAUGAUUAGGAAUGCAAAGGAAUGGGACUUUAUGUCUACUUCUGGAAGGGCAGAGGUUGUUUCGGUUAUCAAGCAGGUAGCUUCAACGCUAUCAUCUCUUCCAGGACGCUUUGAUCUCCAAAAUGAGACGUACUAUUGGACUUGUGGGUAUCACUUAAAUAUUAGGCUUUAUGAGAAAUUACUUCUUGGCGUAUUUGAUGUCCUUGAUGAAGGCCAAGUGAUAGCGGAAGCUGAUGAGUUCCUGAUGCUCUUGAAAUUGACUUGGUCUACUUUAGGCAUCACUCAAAAAAUGCAUGAUGCAUUAUAUUUGUGGGUCCUUUUCCAACAGUUUGUUGGAACAGAUGAUGCUCUGCUAUUAGAAUAUGCAACGGUGGAGUUGCAAGAACUUAUAUCAGCUAAAGCUGAUGAUGAGAACGUAAGGCUAUAUAUCAAUAGCCUGAUAUGUUCAAUCCACUUCAACACUAUCGAGAUAAAAUUAAGUUUGAUUGAUGCUGUCUUCUACUCUUUAAGCAUCUGGUGUGAGAGUAAACUACAAGACUAUCAUCUGCAUUUCAGUCAGCAACAUAGUCACUUAAAGAGGGUGAUGAGCUUAGUGUCAGCAGUUGGGGUUCUGAAUUUCAGUGAUAAUGGUCAUAUGAAGUUGAGGAGGUUCAAUCUCAAUACGGAGGCUGCAGAAAUACUUGAGUCGUAUGUGAAAAGGUCGAUUGAAGCUGCAUAUAGGCGGGCAGCAAGUGACAUAAAUCACUUAUCAGAAGUGGAAAAGAAACAUCCUUUGGGCGUCCUUGCAGAUGAACUGAGGUUGAUUGCUGAGAGAGAACUAAAUGGGUUCCACCGAGAAUUAUGCAAAUGGUGUCCUAAUUCUGGGAUGAUCGCGGCAAUGAUGUUGCACCAGAUUUAUUGGGAAAGACUUAAACCCUUUCUGGAUGGAGUAUCAUCUCUUUCUGAAGAUGUUAAAUCGGUGCUUCCAGCUGCUGAUUUGUUGGAUCAUGUCCUAACUCAGCUAUACAAUACUGGUUAUGGAGAAAAAAGGGCAGAUUUGCACCAUUACCCGAUUGGGGAAGUUGCUAAACCUAUCAUUCUUGAUUGGGUGAUUGCUCAGCAUGAACGCAUCUUGGAAUGGACUGGACGUGCUUUUGAUCUCGAGAAGUGGGAGCCUUUGUCAUCUCAGCAAAAACAGGCAGCAUCAAUAGUUGAAGUUUUUAGAAUAAUUGAGGAGACAGUGGAUCAAUUAUUUGGUUUCCAUCUCCCUAUGGAUAUUACUCAUUUACAAGCUCUGGUCUCUGUUGUCUUCCAUACCUUGGAUGCCUAUUUGCUGAAAUUGCUCGAUCAGAUAGUUGAGAAAAGAUACUUAUAUCCAUCGGCCCCGCCAUUGACCCGCUACAAGGAGACGACUAUUCCAGUGCUUAAAAAGAAGUUCCUUGAGUGUAUGCCUUUGGACGGCAAUGUGCAUGACAAGUUGAAUAAUCUGACAAUACCCAAACUCUGUAUCAGAAUGAACACAUUAAAAUAUAUUCAAAAACAAAUUGACAUACUAGAAGAUGGUAUCAGAAAUUCUUGGGCACUUGUCAGACAAUCCAUUGAUAACACAGGAGGCAAAAAACAACUUUUGGGAACUUCAACAUGCAGUGACCAAAUUGAUGAGCUCUUCAACACCACCUUUGACAUCAUCAGGGAUACUGCAGCAAAUACCAUCAGCAAAAUUUGUGACUUUACUGGUGCAAAAGCAGUGUUCUGGGAUCUGAGACAUGCAUUCCUCUUUUGUUUAUAUUGUGGUAGCGUUGAAGCUUCUCGUUUAGAUGGUGUUCUCACACGCAUUGAUACUGUACUUGACCAUGUAUGCAACUUUAUUGAUGAAUCACUUAGAGAUGCUGUUGUUUUCAGCAUUUGUCGAGCAUCACUGGAAGGCUUUGCGUGGGUUUUGCUUGAUGGUGGACCUUCCCGUGCAUUUUGUGAUUCAGAUAUUGUACUAAUAGAAGAUGACCUAUCUGCGUUAAAGGAUUUUUUUGUAGCUGAUGGUGAAGGCCUUCCUCGAUCAGUAGUGGAGCAAGAAGCAAAGUUUCCUGAGCAAAUAUUGAACUUAUAUUCACUACAGACUGAGACUAUCAUCCAAAAGCUGAUGGCUGCAAGUGAACAAAUUUCAUUGGGGCUAGAUUCACAUGAUCAUAACAACAUGCGCUUAAAUAAUGCCCACACUUUUGUGCGGGUUUUAUGCCACAGAAAAGAUAGAGAAGCCUCUAAAUUCUUGAAAAGGCAAUAUCAGCUCCCUAUGUCUUCAGAAUAUGAAGACACUCCAUCAACAGAUCCAAUUUCCCAAUCACCUCUCAGAUCAGAUCUAGCAAAGCGAACCACGUCUUUUCGUUGGGAUAGUACUCAUAGCACAUUUACCUCGUUUAGGAAGAAACUUCAAGAAGCAACAUCUGAACUCAGGAAUGUGGGAUGGUAGGGCAGACGAAACAAUCCACUGUAAGGCACCUUGCAUUCUCAUUUAGAUUCCUAGACUGCACAGGGUAGACUCCCUUGACAAGUAAAACGAGGCAAAAACUUGUGUUCCCGUACUUGUAUAGGUGUAUCAAAAAGUAUUGUCUCUGCAGGACUUGGUAGAAUCCUAUAUUUUGAUAUCUUCAAUAUUAUGUCGUAUCACACCAACUUCAACAUUUUGCACUGCUGCUCACAAUUACUGUUAGCAUUCAUCAUCUCUU